AUGUUGUCCAACACAACCGCCAUUGCCGAAGCCUGGUCUGCGCUCUCUCACAAGUUCGACCUCAUGUAUUCCAAGCGCGCAUUUGUCCACUGGUAUGUGGGCGAGGGUAUGGAAGAGGGUGAAUUCUCUGAGGCUCGUGAGGACCUUGCCGCGUUGGAACGGGACUAUGAGGAAGUUGCCAGCGAUUCUUUAGAAGAGGAGGUUGAGCCUGAAUACUAA